GGAGUGGGCGAUACACUCCCGCCCAAAACUACGCCUUUGUUUACAAGUAAAUGGUGUGUCUUCUUGCUACUCCUCUCCAUUUCUCUCCUCCCCGAUGAUAAAGACCAACAGUAGCCAUGCUUUUCAAUGUAUGAACGGGCUCCACUCUCUCAGAACUGACGGUAAACUAAUCGACGUGAGGAUAGAAGCUGGAGGGGCUACUUUCAACGCUCACAGAGCAAUCCUCUCUUCCUGCUCGCCUUACUUCUCCGCCAUGUUCACGGGAGAGAUGAAAGAGAGCGAGAAUCCAUCAGUCACCAUACACGACAUACCCAGUCACAUAAUGGAAGCCAUUUUAAAUUAUUGUUACACAGCCACCAUAUCAAUAACAGAGGACAAUGUACAGGAGUUGCUCCCAGCAGCUUGUCUCUUACAGUUGGCGUGGGUACGCGACGUUUGCUGCGAGUUCCUUAAGUCCCAGUUAUGCUCUUCGAAUUGUCUCGGAGUUAGAAGUUUUGCCGACGCUCAUUCUUGUCCGGAUCUUCGUGAUGCAGCUCACUCUUAUGCUCUUAAACACUAUCUCGAGGUAGUCGAGUCCGAGGAGUUUCUAGACCUCAGCUCUGAGGAGCUGGUCUGUCUCAUUCAAAGUGAAGAACUCAACGUUCAAAACGAGGAGCUAGUGUAUGAGUCUGUCAUGAAAUGGGUACAGCACAAAGUACCAGAGAGAAAAUCAGAGCUGCCCAACGUAUUAGAACACGUUCGUUUUGCUCUCCUAGAGAGAGAGUAUCUCGUGUCUCGUGUCAGUUCUGAGCCCUUGAUCCGUCAGAAUGAAACCUGUCGGGAUCUUGUAGAUGAAGCGAAAGACUACCUCCUGCUGCCUGAGAAGCGAUCGCAGAUGGGAGGGACUAGGACACGCCCACGGAAACCAAUGGGUAGCAACGAGAUGAUGUUUGCAGUUGGUGGUUGGUGUAGUGGGGAUGCUAUUAACAUGGUAGAAAGAUAUGAUUCUGUUAACAACAAAUGGAAGCAAGUUGCUAGUAUGAACAAGAAAAGAUGCGGAGUAGGAAUUGCUGUCCUCGAUAAUUUCAUAUACGCAGUCGGCGGCCAUGACGGAGUCAGCUACCUCAAUACAAUAGAGCGUUAUGAUCACAUGACCGACUACUGGUCUUCUAAUAUUGCCCCAACGAGUGUCUGUAGGACAAGUGUGGGUGUGGCAGUCUUAGAUAAGAAGAUAUAUGCUAUAGGAGGUCAGGAUGGUAUCUCGUGCUUGGACUUUGUGGAGUGUUAUGAUACUGGCACUAAUUCCUGGUCUUCAGUUCGUUCUAUGAAUUCUCAGAGACUGGGUGUGGCAAUAGGGGUACUUGAUGGUUGCCUGUAUGCAGUGGGAGGGUCCGACGGAGUGUCACCUUUAAGCACCGUGGAAAGAUAUGAUCCAAAGUCCGAUAAGUGGGCCAACGUUUCGCCAAUGCAAGUCAAGCGGAAGCACUUAGGAGUCGCCGUCAUUGAUAAUGUAUUGUAUGCUGUUGGAGGUAGAGACGAUACCUUUGAACUGAGCAGUGUUGAAAGAUAUGAUCCAAGAAACGAUCGCUGGUGUUCUGUCGUCGCAAUGAACGAGAGGCGGAGUGGUCUCGGGAUGUGUGUACUUAACAAUAAACUUUAUGCCGUCGGUGGUUUUAAUGGCAAUAGUUACCUAAAGACAGUGGAGUGGCUGGAUACAGUGGAGCACCAAUGGAAGAAUGCUUGUGCCAUGAACCAUAAGAGACUGGGAUGUGGGGUUGGCGUUGUGAACUUGCCUAAUUAAUUUUCGAUUGACUCACUAGUUCUUAUUAUGAAUUAUUAAAAUUAUUAUUAUGAAUUAUAAUUAUUAUUGUUAGGAAA